AUGAUGAGAAUUUUGUACUGCUUGGAUCUUUUGUGGCAUUUUUUUAUCCCGCUGAUCAUCAUGGUAUUUACUUACUGCCUGACCAUUCAGGUGCUUCAGAGACAAGCUACUGUGUUCAUGUAUGAGGAAGUUCCAAAGCAGAGAAAGAACAGCUUAAGUGGUCUAAAGAAAGACAACAACACCGAAAACAUUUCAAUGAUUCAAAAUCAUGAGGCUACUUCUCACAUGAACUCUCCAGGGACUAUGCAGUCAAUUAACAAUGAGCGCAGAGCUUCCAAAGUCCUUGGAAUAGUAUUCUUCUUGUUUCUUAUCAUGUGGUGUCCAUUCUUUAUCACAAACAUCAUGUCUGUACUUUGCAAAGAGGCCUGUGAUAAGGACCUCAUGGUGGAACUCUUGAAUGUAUUUGUUUGGGUUGGUUAUGUGUCCUCAGGAAUCAACCCACUAGUCUACACACUUUUCAACCGAACAUAUCGAAGAGCUUUUUCCAACUACAUCCGUUGUCAGUAUCACAGUAGCAGAAAGACGAUGCUGCAACAAAACCAGUGUCAUCAUAACCCAGCAUCAACUGCCAUGUAUGGCAAGGACCUUAAUUUAAAUCAUUAUAGAAAUGGUAAUGAACUAACUAGCAUGGACUUAGAUGAGACAGAGGAGGCUAUUGAAAUGCAGCCUGGGACUUCUGAAUUAUCGUUAAACAGUUCUAAUAUUGUAAGUGAACGAGUUAGCUGUGUUUAA